AUGCCUGAGUUGUGGGGACAUCUCACAUGCCAAGAGGUACUCAAGGCUGCUCCCUCUGGUACACUGUCUCUGAAAUUACAAAAGUGGGCUGAUCUUGGUCCAGCAAUUCAUCUGCUUCCCAACAAUGUCAAAGAUCACAUUUCUCUGGCUGCAGCUGCCAAAGGCAACAUGGCAUUGAAGUGCAAACAGCAAAGCCAACAGUCCCCUGUCCACAUUCCAACCACCUCCAACCACCUCCACUCUCAGGCCAGUCAUGUGAAGGCUAGAUCUUCACCUGUGCCUCCUCCAGGACCUUGUAGUUCCCUUGUCUCAGUUAAGGUCCCUGUCAUCCCUAUCCUCUAUCCCUUGUGUCAGAGGUACUCCUAA